AUGGGUUCUACAGAGACGAUGAUAGCACACGAAUCACAUUCCAAGGACCAAGCUCCCGCCUGUGAAAUAAUGCUACGCAAUUCCGAAGCGUCACGUCUGGGAGGAUCAACUCCUCAAAAGUUAAUCCAUGAGGUUGUCGUCAAGUACAAAGCUUCCGUCCCGAGAGAAGAGCCACACCAGGCCAAUGCCAGCUCUCACGAAGAAGAUGUUCCCUCUCCAGCAGACAAGGCAUAUGGGGAAAAUGGAACGGUGCGACAACAAAUGGUCUAUUUACCCGAUAUGUUUGUUUCUUUCUGUUCCAUACCCCCAGCGAUGAACAAACAUUAUGAUCAAAUCAAAAUAGACUCAGACACCUUCAUCCGAGCAGUCUUCGGCUUCAACGAAAGGGAGAGCAAAGUGCAUAUCAUGGGAGACUUUCCCUAUCUUGGAGCUAUCCUCGUACCAGAUGCUGGGCCCGACGAGUUCCGGAACGUGUGCGAUUGGCUCAAUUGGGCAUUCGACUUCGACGACCCCUUUGACGAGGGCGAAUUGAGAGAUAGACCGGAAGAAGCGAAGAAGCUGGUGGAUAACCUACUGGCCACGAUGGAGGCGACCAGCAUGGAAGGCGUAGUGGUGAGCGAGAACAUACUUGUGGAGGUGUUUCGGAGCGUCUGGCUUCGUCUGGCGCGGGACUCGUCGAAAGAGACGCAACGGAGAUUCAGGGGCUCGAUGACGGAUUACUGCAAUGGACUCGUUCAGCAGACUGAAGCUUGCAUCGACCCCAACAACUUUGACUUGAAUGGGUAUUUGGCGACAAGGUGCCAGACGAUAGCGGCAUACCCCUUGUAUGCAAUGGUCGAGUAUUGCUAUGGCAUCGCGAUCAGUGACGAAGUCAUCGCCUGCAAAUCCAUUCAGACCAUCCAGCGACUUUCUACCGAGUUGACCGUACUACAGAACGAUGUCCUGUCAUAUCACAAGGAAAAGCGACUCGGCUUUGAGCACAACCUGAUUAGCAUCUACAUCCGGCAGGGCAAGACCCAAACAGAGGCCUACGAUUGUGUGGAUCAGCUUAUGAAGGACCGCUACCGCGAUUGGUAUAUCGCCUUGGCCGAGCUGCCCAUGUGGGGUGAAGAUGUCGAUAAGCAGGUCCAGGUAUACAUCCAAGGCUGUCGGAAUAUGGUCGUCGCGAACCUCAAUUGGAGCUUCAAGACGGAGCGGUAUUUCGGAAGGGAGCAUUGGAACGUCAGGCGUACUAGAAUCGUCCCAUUCAUGGAAUGA